AGAGAGCAGGUCCGGGGCCACAGUCCCCCAGGGACGUCUCUUCCCCAGCCGGAAGUCCCAGUGGUAAGCCUCGGGCUGCUGCGGAGCUGGAAGGUCCCAGGCCCUGCCUCCUCGAACAUCAGUAGGGCGGGGACUCAAUUCCGGGGGCAACACGUCCUGGGAGAGCCAGACGGAAGCACUGAGACUGACACGUGGACUUGGGCGGUGCUGCCCUGUGGGUUGUCCCAGGCCUAAGGUGGGAGGGUACCGAACUGGGACACAACCGUGCCUAUGCCAUCCCAACGCUCCAGCGCGAUGCAGCCAACCCCGGAGGAGACCCGCAAGACUCCAACUGCAGCCGCAGAGGAUACACUAUGGUCCAGGCCUGAGUGCCAGGCAUGGACAGGAAUGCUGCUCCUGGGCACCUGCCUGCUGUACUGUGCUCGUGUCACCACGCCUGUCUGUGCUGUUGCCAUGAGCCAGGACUUUGGCUGGAACAAGAAGGAGGCCGGUAUCGUGCUCAGCAGCUUCUUCUGGGGCUACUGCCUGACUCAGGUGGUGGGCGGCCACCUUGGGGAUCGCAUCGGAGGUGAAAAGGUCAUCUUCCUGUCAGCCUCCACCUGGGGCUUCAUUACCGUUGCCACACCACUGCUUGCCCACCUUGGCAGUGGCCACCUGGCCUUCAUGACGUUCUCCCGAAUCCUCACAGGUCUGCUCCAAGGUGUCUAUUUCCCAGCCCUGACCAGUCUGCUGUCCCAGAGAGUGCAGGAGAGUGAGAGAGCCUUUACCUACAGCACUGUGGGUGCUGGCUCCCAGUUCGGGACACUGGUGACCGGGGGCAUAGGCUCGGUGCUCCUGGAUUGGUGUGGCUGGCAGAGCGUCUUCUACUUUUCCGGCGGCCUCACCUUGCUCUGGGUGUACUACGUGUACAGGUACCUGCUGAGUGAGAAAGACCUUGUCCUGGCCCUGGGUGUCCUGGCACAAGGCCUACCUGUGGCCAGGCCCUCCAAAGUGCCCUGGAGACAACUUUUCCGGAAGGCCUCUGUCUGGGCGGCGGUCUGCUCCCAGCUGUCCUCAGCUUGCUCCUUCUUCAUCCUACUCUCCUGGCUGCCCACCUUCUUCAAGGAGACCUUCCCCCACUCCAAGGGCUGGGUCUUCAAUGUGGUGCCCUGGCUGCUGGCAAUUCCUGCCAGUCUAUUCAGUGGGUUCCUCUCUGACCGCCUCAUCAGUCAGGGUUACAGAGUCAUCACGGUGCGUAAGUUCAUGCAGGUGAUGGGCCUUGGUCUGUCAAGCAUCUUUGCCCUGUGUCUGGGCCAUACUACAAGCUUCCCCAAGGCUAUAAUCUUUGCAUCAGCUUCCAUUGGCUUCCAGACCUUCAACCACAGUGGUAUUUCGGUCAAUAUUCAGGACCUGGCCCCAUCCUGUGCCGGCUUUCUGUUUGGUGUGGCCAACACUGCAGGGGCCUUGGCAGGUGUGGUAGGCGUGUGUCUGGGUGGCUACCUGAUUGAGACUACUGGCUCCUGGACCUGUGUGUUCAACCUGGUGGCCAUCAUCAGCAACCUGGGACUGGGCACCUUUCUGGUGUUCGGGAAAGCUCAGAGGGUGGACCUGAUCCCUACUCAUGAGGACCUCUAGCUCUCUGACUGUCCAGUCCCACCCGGGGCCCUGAUGUCAGCAGCGGAGGACAGCACAGCUCGGUUGGUGAAACACUGUGAACCUCCACCUCAGGAUGUAUGAGCAUACAACAAAGACCAUGGACUCUCGAAGAAUCCAGAUGAGUUGGAGAGAUUGGUAGAAACAGACACCUGAGAACAGAACUGUCUGGAGUAGGGUCAUGGCCUCUCUGAGCUUCAGUAUCCUCAUCCGUUAGUCAGAAGCAUCCUACCCUCCACUCAGGUUCAGCGGGU